AUGUCCGUGCUGGUGUCGAAUCUGGCUGGAAAAAAGUUGGCUGAAGUGGCGCCAGUUCCAAGAGACGUUGGUGAGUUGAGGCUUGAAGUCGAGCGGCUCACGGGUAUCCCAGUUGCUCUGCAGAAGUUUGUGAAGGACGGCGAUGUCCUCACGUCCGAUGCAGGAGAGCUUCCCCAGGAAGGCUGCGAGCUUCUGUGUGUCAGGGAUGAGACACCAAUGUACACCUGGGAUGUGGAAGGAAACCCUGAUGCAGAACAGCUGCAGGCAGAAGGCAACGUCCUGCGAUCACCCAGUAUGGCACAUGAUUUCUGCAACGUGCUGACGAAAGAGCCCAUGCGGACGGGAUUGCACUACUACGAGUUUGUGUUGCACAAGGUUGGAGACGAGCAAUGGUGUGGAGUCACGGAGUCCAAAGAGGUUGCUGGGAUCCGCGUGGAUGGCCGUUCACUGCCUGCCUGGACGUACUAUGCCGGACGCGCUGGCCAAAGCGGGGGCAGUGGAUCGAUUCACAAUGGGCUUGGUGCCUUGCACGCCUGCAGCAAAGCGGUUGUAGAGUUUGAGAAGGCAUGUGACCCUGGCAAUGUCAUCGGUAUGCUGGUUGAUAUGGACAGGCGCGUCGUAGCUUUUGCCUUGGACGGUCGCCUGCAGGGGGCUUGCAAGGUACCAGGGGAUGAGCCCUUGUAUGUCCUCACUCACAUGGACACUCGAGAAGAUCACGUUGAGUUGAGGAAGCCUUCGCUAGAAGAGGCUCCACCUGCAAAUCUUGAGGCCCUCAGUGGUGCACUGCUUGAUGCCGAGAAAGGUGAGGCUGUACAUUGGUGA